AUGCCAUCGUCGGUGCCAGAAAGGGAGAGCGAUCGAUCCCCACUCCUUACUGAAGGAGGAGAACUUGAACCAAGGGAAAUAUGGGAAGAUACUGAUGCGAUUUUGAAACAGUCAGAUAAAGAGCAUGAAUCUAAGAGCAGUUGGUAUUUGUUCCUCCUUACGUUGAGUAUUGGUGGGCUGCAGAUUGUUUGGGCUGUAGAACUAUCAAAUGGCUCUCCAUACCUGCUCUCCCUGGGCAUGAAUAAAUCUUUACUUGCAUUUGUGUGGAUUGCUGGACCUUUGACUGGCACCCUUGUCCAACCGUAUGUCGGUAUCCGCAGUGAUAAUUGCAGAAUUCCAUGGGGAAAACGGAAACCAUUCAUGGUAGGAGGCGGGCUCGCCACAAUAAUCUCCCUAUUGGCAUUGGCCUGGGUCCGUGAGAUUGUCGGUGGCAUUCUGGGAAUUUUCGGCGCUGCUCCUCGCUCUGAGGGCGUCAAAAUUACCGUCGUCGUGUUUGCAACUCUCUUCAUGUUUUGUCUUGAUUUUGCUGUCAAUACUGUCCAAGCAGCUAUACGGGCAUUUAUUGUUGACAACGCCCCUGCACAUCAGCAAGAGUCUGCCAAUGCCUGGGCCAGCCGGCUCACCGGAGUUGGGAACAUUAUAGGUUAUAUUUUGGGCUACUUGGAUCUUCCAAAGCUUCUUCCCUUCUUUGGGAACACGCAAUUCAAGGUUCUAUGCGUGGUUGCGUCGAUAUCAUUGAGUGCUUCCCUGCUUGCUAGUUGCUCGUAUAUUCAAGAGCGGGACCCUAGGCUUGAAGGCCCGCCUCACAGUGAUAACCCAGGCGUUAUAUCUUUCUUCAAGCAAGUGUUCAAAUCUAUUCGACGACUGCCACCGCAGAUUCGCAAGGCUUGUGAAGUCCAGCUUUGCGCCUGGGUUGGGUGGUUUCCAUUUUUAUUUUACUCAACAACUUAUAUUGGACAACUGUACGUCAACCCGAUAUUCGAAGAGCACCCCAAUCUUCCAGAAGAUGCUAUAACGAAUAUCUGGGAGCAAGCCACAAGAGUAGGAACUUUCGCGCUCCUUAUAUAUGCAAUUAUAUCAUUUACCGCGAGCAUGGUGCUUCCCCUCCUUAUUAUUCCUUCCUAUCGUCCAAAAUUAACUGAUGAGUCGGACGCAAAUAUUCGGAGUGGGAACCAUCCCUAUUUAAUGCGACAUCCGUCAACUUCAACCCUGUCAUUCACCACAUCUACCGGUCCAGCUAUUGAGCCAAGUCAUUCACCUAAACCACCUCAACAAGAAGAACGCAGCCUUUUGACCAGGCUCCAAAUACCACAUCUUACACUUCGAAGGUUGUGGUUUUUUUCUCAUAUAUUGUUUGCUUUAUGCAUGUUCAGUACCAUAUUUAUUUCGUCUACCCAGGCUGGGAGCGUGGCUAUUGCCCUUGUCGGUAUAUCAUGGGCCCUUACGCUCUGGGCACCAUUUGCCUUCAUUUCUGCAGAAGUUGCAGAACGCGAUGCAGAGCGCAGACUACGAAAACGCCGGAUUCAACAGAAUACUUCAAGAUCUAGGCAUGGUCGCCCAAUUGGAGAAGGGUCCGGUGACCCUGCCAGCGACAUAUCUAUUGAUGGCAGCCAUGAUAGCGAGAGUGGUGGCGAUAACGUUGAUCAAGCCGGGGUUAUCUUGGGGAUCCAUAACGUUGCAGUCUCUUUUCCUCAAAUCGUAUCCACGCUAAUCAGCAGUAUAAUAUUCAAGGCUUUGCAGAAGCCUAGAGGAGAACCCUGGGAUGAUAGCGUUGGAUGGGUACUGCGUUUUGGUGGUUGCGCUGCCUUGGGCGCAGCUUAUUUUACAAGCCGCCUUGGUGAAGGAAAAGCCAAGGUUAAUGAUGCAGGUGUUGUGUAG